GCGACCAGCUCUCCACACCACGAAGAAGGAGGUAGACCGCGAGUGGAUGGGCAGUGAAACACGACGACCAAGCAAGCGAUGACCCCCAGCAUCAAAGCAUUUCAAUAAUGCAAAUACGCACGAAAAGCCCCAUGAUGACGCGCGCGACCGCGGGACGAUGGCGCGCGAAGCGGGACGGUCUCCUGUCGAGAGCGCACCUGGGGGGUCGAUGGAGAAAGACGACGACGGCGCAACGCAGCCCAGGGCGAACGAAGACGAUGGCUCGUCAAGGGUCGGAAGACGGCGAUGGCGCAGCUCUGGAACGACGACGACGAUGGUGCAGCGCAGCGCACCUGGCGUCGAAGAGGAUGGAUUCUAUGGAAGAAGAGCAGCACCGUUCCCUCCUUAUGCGAGAUCAAUGCGGCGUCUUGACGGUCAAACUUUCAUCGACGGAGCAGCUGCGGAGGACUUCGUUGAGGACCGUUGCAUCGAUGGAGCAGUUGCGGAGGACUUCGAUGAGGACCCGUGGAUGACCGUCGUCCCGUACAUGGACCGACAUCUUGACAAUUGGAGCGAUGCCACUUGGAAAGCGAUGGAGAGUGGCUGCUCUUCGGCAAGCCAUUACAAGUUCGCCAGUAUGUUAGAAUUCGGUGACCUCAUCGCACUGCCAGACGGUGUUGUCGAGCGCAAAUUCCUGAACCAUGUGCGCAAAACAGUGCGCUGCAUCAGCCGCCAUUGCAGUCGUCUCGACUGCGAGUACAUCACUUCUUCGCCACGCACUUGGGGAAAUUCUGGGAAACAAGAGUUGCUGGACUGGGAUCGUCAUUGUUCGUUCUUGGAGCAGUACCCACUCCGCCGCCUCGGGAUUCGUCCUCAAACCGUGUCGUACUGCAGCAUGCGUUUAUCCAUUACCGGAUGUGCUUUCGCCAGAGUGCUAUGUGUCGCCACGACGAACAAAAACAGGAAACUCGUCGAUGCAGUUGUGCGUGUGUCACGAAACGAGGUGUCGAUCGUGGCAGAAGGUGGAAGGCCGGUGUACACGUUCUCGCCGUUGCGGUACCACGUCGAUGCAGUUGUGCGUGUUUUCGGAGAAUGCAACAGCCAAGGGGCCGCAGAUCCACGUGUAUGGAUCAUCAAUGAAUGCCAUGUACGGCUUCGGUUCACGACCUCGUCCACGGGAGGCCCCGCACGUCGCUACAUCAGGAGGGGUUGUCGGACCUCGUGUUUGAAGGAAAAGGAGCAUGAGUUGUGGGAGGCAUGUGCGUGGCAGGAUAUGGCAGAUAUGAAGUAGUUCAGAUUGCUUUGGGAGGCUGUCCUUGCGAGUAAACGUUUUUCCGAGUG